UUGAAUUUCAGGUAAAAUGAAGGCAUGGGUUCAGACUGUUACCUCUGUGGUUUUUACUACCCUGUUGUCAAUGACAAAAACACGUGCUGCACGGGUAACAACUACACACGGUGUCAUUGAAGGAACUAGUGUCGUAAUCGAUGACGUCACAGUUGAUAUUUACCUAGGAAUACCGUUCGCGAAACCACCUGUAGGGGAUCUCCGGUUUCGAGCCCCUCAACCGGCCGAUAAAUGGACUGGUGUGAAGGAAACUAAAACACAACCAAACAGUUGCGUGCAGUCUGCAGACACGAACUUUGCACGGUUUGAAGGUGUUGAAAUGUGGAACGCUAAUACCGACAUCAGUGAAGACUGUCUGUAUCUAAAUUUAUGGGUUCCAAGAACGAAUAACUUCUCUGAUCCGACGUUAAUUUGGAUUUUCGGCGGGUCGUUUGUAUAUGGGAGUAUAACUUUAGAUGUAUAUGACGGGCGGUAUUUGGCCGCUAAACAGGGAAUAAUCGUAGCUGCUACGCAAUUCAGGAUGGGCGUUCUCGGAUUUUUAUAUAUGGGCACUGAAGACGCACCGGGUAAUAUGGGUUUAUUAGAUCAACAACUCGCCAUAAUGUGGAUUCACGAUAAUAUUGAAAGUUUCGGGGGCGACAGUAGUAAGAUCACAUUAAUUGGUGAAAGUUCAGGUGCGGCGAGUAUAAACCAUCAUUUGUUAGCUAAUUCAUCGUGGCCUUAUUUCAAUAAUGCAAUAAUGCUCAGCUCUACCUCAUUGGCUCCGUGGGCGAUUGACUCGCCCAAUAAUCUGCUGGAACACACGAAAUCAUUUGCAAACAUACGGAACUGCUCAGACUCCGACUCAAGGGAGGUAAUCAAGUGCCUGCGCAACGAGGACGCAUUGGACCUUGAAUUAUAUCAGUGGUAUUUAAAUAAUAAAAAUAUUGGUACAUUUAGUCCGACAGUUGAUGGCCAGUUUUUGCCGGACUAUCCCGCUACGUUGCUUAACUCAGGAAAAAUGAAAAACACAGACAUUUUAUUAGGUGUUACUAAAGAUGAAGGGGAAUUUUUCAUGCUUUAUUUUUAUCCUGAUGUUUUUACCGAUAUCUGGAACCCAAAUCCUUUGGAAAGGGAUCAAUUCUUACAGACCAUGUGCCAGGAAGCAGGAUGUCAGGGUGACCUUGACCGUGAUGGAAUUUUAUUUACAUACGAAUCGUCGAAUUUACAGUCCACUAGAGGGAGCUACAGCGAUAUAUUAGAUGAUAUAAUUGGAGAUUUGAAUUUCAAAUGCUCUGUGCGAAGUCUUGCAAGCUAUUAUGCCAAUGUACCGGACAGACGGACAUACCUCUACUCAUUCGAAUAUCGGCAUUCGGCUAACCCUUGGCCGUCGUGGAUGGGUGCGCUACAUGGAUAUGAAAUAGAGAUUAUCUUUGGUCUGCCGUUUAAUCGUCAGUUAAAUUACAGUGACCUUGACCGCGAGGUCAGCGCUAAGGUCAUGGAUUUCUUCACGACGUUUGCAGGAACUGGAGAUCUUGGUUCCUACGGCAACGAGUGGCCAGAAUUCACGACAAACUCUGAGCAACAUAUCGUAUUUUCACAGAACGGUAGCACACAUAUACGAGAAGGAUUUAGAACAAAAGAAUGUUCGUUCUGGGAAUACCUCAUGCCAAAACUCAGACAUCAAAUUUCAGAAAGCAGCACAACAAGUGGCGUCAUAUAUUAUAGCAUUCCCACAAUUCUCUUCUGCCUACCAGUGAUCAUUUCUGCAAUUAUCAUCAGUUGA